AUUGUGAUGGCACAUAAUUUCUACCCAACUCACAUUUUAAUUCCAAAUGUCUCCUCGUCGUCCGUCUCUCUGGUCUCUCUGUCCACCAUUCUCAUUCCCGGUUGUAUACAAAAACCGAACUACCAUUCGUCUCUCCAUCUAAUAGAGACAGCGCUUUUUCCUUUGUGGAAACAGGCUACUGCCUUGCUUCAAGCGAUAAAUACCCGAGAUAUGUGCCUAGAACUGCGAGCCUCUCAGUGCAGUUAGUGUUUCUCUCUCUCUGUCUCCAAAUUCAAUCCUCCGUAUUCGUUUAACCACAAGUUCCUGCUCUAAAUUUAUUCUCUCUCUCUCUCUCACUUUGACCACUUCUCGCCUUCUUUCUCUCUCCCUCUGGAACUCGUUGCAUUAACGUUUCUUCUUUGUAAUUUGAUUGAUUGUUGUUUGGGAGCUUUUGAUUGAGUCCAACUUAAGGGUUUUGCUUUGCUUGUUCUUGUGAAUUUAUAGGGUUUUGAUUGAUUGGUUUUUCGGAUUGUGUGAGAAUUUUUGUGUUUGAGAUUGAUCUGUCUUUGGUGGGUCCGACAUGACUGCCGGUGGUGGUAAUCAGUUGAUCUCAGUUCAUCCUGAUGAGCUCAAGUUCGUUUUUGAGCUGGAGAAGCAAAGCUUUUGUGAUCUUAAAGUUGUGAACAAUACAGCGAACCAUGUUGCUUUUAAGAUUAAAACUACUUCGCCCAAGAAGUAUUUUGUAAGGCCCAACACUGGCGUCAUACAGCCUUGGGACUCAUGUGUCAUCAGAGUUACUCUUCAAGCCCAACAAGAAUACCCUGCAGAUAUGCAAUGCAAAGAUAAGUUUCUCUUGCAGAGUACGACAGUGCCUCCACAUACUGAUGUUGAUGAGCUUCCACCAGAUACUUUCAAUAAGGAUGGUAGUGGAAAGACAUUUGAAGAGUGCAAGCUUAGAGUUGUAUAUGUCAACCCAUCAACUCAAGGAAACUCGGAAGAAAAGACAAAAAAAAUCUCCUCACAGAGUCUUGAUCCUAACUCUAAUCAGGCAUUACAGCGCCUGAAGGAUGAAAGGGAUGCAGCUGUCCAACAAACUCGUCAACUGCAAAAGGAACUGGACAUGAUGAAGCGACGGGGAUAUCGAAAAAAUAGUCCAGGGUUUUCCCUGACUUUCGCGUUUGUUGUGGGACUUAUUGGAAUUUUUGUUGGUUUCAUCUUUAAACUCACAUUGUCAUUGCCAUCUACAGAAUGACUCGAAUAGCGGGAUCCAGGCGAUAAAUUUUCUCCUGUUUUACUGUACAAGUCAUGUUUGGAUGAAAGGGGCGUCUACUCUUUCCUUCCUUCUGUACAUUGAUUGCCGCAAUUGUUGUUUGCCUAAUAUAUCUUUGUUUUAUUUAUAUGUUACUGUUAGUGGUGAAUAUUUUUCAUUUCAUUGAUUUGUUACUUUUAGUGUGAAUCAGUAAGUGGGUAUUUCUGUUGCAAUUUCUGAAA